AUGUCGACAGAUCGACCUCCCUUCACAUCGACCGGGCGUCCUCCUAUAAUCUCGAUACAUGUACUCCCCCGAGCAGAGUCAGCAACGUUUCACGAGUCUUCAUACUUCUCGCGCAAUGGUCCGGGGGCCGAGUUGCCAGCCCCGGCUGACGUUCGUGCGCGGGGCGCGGUGCAAGACCCACAGUGGUAUCACCGUACCUUCGCCCCGCGACCCGUCCGUUUCGAAGAGCUCGGUCUUAUUGUGAAACUUGGGAGCGCACCCCACGUAACCGUCGCUGAGGGCCUGUGUCUCUGGGCGCUUCAGCGCAUCUUACCUGGGGUGCCUGUCCCGGAAGUAUACGGCUGGACACACGACAACGGGCAAGUGUUUAUCUACAUGGCGUUGGUCCCGCAGAGCGUGAACCUCGAGCAGCGGUGGGACACGCUCAACCGAGCUGCACGACUCAAGAUUUGCGAGCAACUGCGCUUGCUGAUCUUGGAGCUCCGCACGUUGCGGCAUGCGCCGGGAGAGUUCUUCCUGGGCCACAUCAACCGUAAGCCUCUCGGUGAUAUCGUAUUCACCAGCGAAAACUGUCCGCCGGCAGGACCCUUUGCGUCUGUGGCAGAAUUUCACGACUGGAUGUCGACAACAAUCAAGACGCCCCUGCGGCAUCACUUUCCGGGCAAGGAGGUUUCUGAGAUUCCGGAUGCUUAUCGGGAAGCUAUGUCGGACGACUGGGACGUCGUCUUUACACAGGCUGAUCUGCACCCAAGCAACAUCAUGGUGUCGGACGAGUCGAACGAGUCGUCUUGCAAAAUCACUGCCAUUAUAGAUUGGCGGCAGUCGGGCUGGUAUCCGGACUACUGGGAAUUCUGCAAGGCGGCAUAUACGGCCGAUGUCUACGGUGAAUGGCUGGAUGUCUAUAUACCGCUAUUUCUAGAUGAACCAAGCUGCGUGGACACGUAG